AUGUAUUUUUCUGAUAUUAUUAAUAUUGAUGAAACAAAUGAAGAAUAUUCAAUAAAUAUUGCUUCACAAGACAGUGUUUUUAAUGAUGAAACAGAUCGUCGUUUAUUAAAACUUCUUUUAACAUCUAUACAAUAUCAAUUUAAAAAUACUAUUGAAAAAGAUCUUGAUAAUCUAUUUGGCAAAACAAAUAUCAAUAAUUAUUCUACAUGGUUUUCAUUAACAUUUCGUCAACAACAUCGUAUAUUAGGUGUAUCAUCAAUUCGUCAAAUCGAAAUACCUGGUCAAUACAGUAUAUUGCAAUCAUUAAGAUUACCAAAACGUUUAACAAUACGUGGACAUGAUGAAAAUGAUUAUCAAUUUUUAGUUAAAAAUGCUGAAGAUAUACGACAAGAUCAACGUAUAGAAGCUUUAUGUUCUAUAAUAAGUGAUCUUUGA